GCCACGACAACAUGCAUGAAUUGACAAUGCAUCACUUGACCGCCUUGACGACCCAUAUCCCCACGAUGUAAUAAGGGAUACAGCAUACAAAUAGAAGAACCACCACGAUCGCUCCCUGACUCCUCCUCUCCCUCUUUCCGCCUACCCUCUCUCCGCCAUUCCUCCACCUCCCUCCGCGGCCUUCUCGAGAUAUCACGAACAAUGCACUACCCGACCGCCUACAUCGUCCUCUCGCUCCUCUCGCUCCUUGCACCCACCGCGGCAUGGGGCUCGCUCGGCCACCGCACCGUCGCCUACCUGGCGUCGACAUACUUCACGCCCGAGUCGACGCGGAUGACGAACCACCUGCUCAACGGGCAGGACAUCUCGGAGGCGGCGCUCUUCCCGGACAAGGUGCGGCACAUGCCGCAGUUCGCGUACACGCGGGGGUGGCACUACAUUGACGCGCAGGACACGCCGCCGGGCCAGUGCGGGAUCAACAUGACGCGGGACUGCGCCGUCGCGGGCGGCGGGUGCGUGGUCAGCGCCAUCGCCAACCACACGGCGCGCGUCGCCGACCCGGCGCUGCCGCACGCCCUGCGCGGCCAGAGCCUGCGCUUCAUGAUGCACUUCUUCGGCGACGUCCACCAGCCGCUGCACACCGAGGCCGAGGACCGCGGCGGCAACGAGUACAUGGUGCACUUCGACGGCCGCCGCACCAACCUGCACAGCGUCUGGGACACGCUCAUCCCCAACAAGUACGCCGGCAUGGGCCACGACGACGAGUUCGCCGCCGCGUGGCUGUGGGCGCAGAGACUCUCCGGCGCGGAGACCGGCCACCGCGGAGGACGCCUCGAGGGGGAGGGGGAGGGAGAGUGUCUGCACGACGCGGCAGACUGCGCGCUGUCCUGGGCCGGGGAGGCGAAUGGCUACGUCUGCUCCUAUGUCUUGGCUCACGACGUCCACGACCAGGACCUGGGCGGCGACUACUACGAGGGUGCCAUCCCCGUCAUCAACGACUUGGUCCAGAAGGCUGGACGAAGACUAGCGGCCUGGAUCAACUCCAUCUCUGCAGACUACACGCCUAGUUAUGCCGAUAAUGUGGACCUCGAUCACGCAAUACAAACCCAGUAAAGUUGGAAGGAUAUCCUCGUCAUUGAGCCUUCCAAUAGUCAGUUGUCAGCUAUAUAGAGCAAUGUUGUUGUUGUUUUCCUCGAGCGCCGGCUUGUCGAUAUAGACCUAGAGCUUGCCCAAGCUCGGCGUCUUCUCAUGCCAUGAUGGAGGGGAGUACAAACUCGAACCACCAGGAAGGUACAGAUAACAGAGAAGAGGCGAUGCGGCCGUGUGAUAUUCAAGCGAGUCGCGGUUCGUAGUUGAGCUUGACGCCAAUUUUGUGCCACUUCC